AUGGUUGGAUGGCAUCAGUCAAGGAGUCAGGUAGAUGGCACUGGACCCAGUCUGAUGUUCUGGAGCUGUGUAAUCCAACUGUCUCUUCAGCAGGCUACAGAUUGCCCGGCUCAUCAGGAGAACUGUUCUGGUUUCAUCACACCACUAUUAGAGAGAUAUUACGUCUCGCCAGUGUAUGCUCUGGAAUUUAUCUUUGGCUUCAUCGGAAACCUGGUGGUGGUCCUAGGCUAUAUAUUUUGCCUCCCUGCUUGGAAGUCCACAAAUGUGUACCUGUUUAACCUGUCUGUGUCUGACCUCAUCUUCGUGUGCACUUUACCUGAGCUGUCCUAUAACUACGCUCACAACUUGAAGAAAUUUAAUUCUUCACUAUGCAUGAUUAAUCGCUACAUUCUCAAUGUUAACAUGUACUCCAGCAUCCUUUUCAUGAUGUGGGUAAGUGUGGACCGGUUCUUGCUGUUGUGUCACCCACAGCGAGAACACAUCUUGUUGACUCUCAAGGCCGCAUGGUUCAUCACCAUACUGAACUGGAUAUGGGUAACGAUUCAAAUCGCUCCCCUCAUCAUAUUCAUUGUCCAGGACUUGGAGCAAAAUGGAUGGACAGUGUGUCGUGAUUUUGGGAGCCUGGGAGAGCCUAGAGUUAUUCUGAUCUACACCGUACUGCUCACCAUAUCUGGAUAUGUGCUACCACUUGUGGGUUUGUUUCUUUCAUCACAACGUAUGGUUUCUGUACUCAUGAAAAGAGAGGAGAUGCGUGGGAGAUCUUUUCAAAGGCCAGUAAGAAUCGUGAGGGCUUCAGCAAUCAUGUUUCUGGUGCUCUACACACCCAUCCAUAUAAUGAGGAUUGUGCGUCUCACAUCACGGCUUCCUGAAUUAAAUUUGUCACAGUGUAUCAUGGAUUACAUCAAUUCGAGUUUCCUAGUUACCCGGCCCGUUGCAUUUGCUCACAGUGCCGUCAACCCUGUGUUUUACUUCCUCAUGACAGACAGCUUUAAAGAAGCACUGCAGGACAAGUGGAGGCUGCUGAAACGGAUGCUAAUGACGGCACCAUAA